GAAAAAAGGUAAAGUAAAUGCAUAUAUUUUUCAAAAUUUAUGAUCCACUUACAAAUGUAUAUUUCCCCUUUAGAGAUAAUAGGGCUAUAUUACUCUACUCGCGCUUUUAAGUGGGAGGCAGUGGUGGACAUCCAUGCCAAUACGGUUGUGCCAUGUGAUUGACGGUGAAGGGGUGUUAGUAACUGAGAUUCCCAGAAUUGUGAACAUUUCACCCCCUCAAAUGAGGCGCGCGGCCAUUAAACUGCAAGUUGAUGGAGUUUAUGACGGUAGCAAAACUCGAAACCUUGAUCUCUACCUCACCCAAAUCUUAAAAUUUGGAGGCGAACUAUUGGGCCUCAGGCCCGGUUCGCGUGAAGGGUUUUCUUUGUCUAUCAUUUUCUAGUUGAUAGAGACUGCCAAUCAGAAAAAUUCAAGUUGAUAGAGAAAUCACAAGCUUUUUACUAGACCUAUUGAGGAGGAGGGCCACUUUUAAAAUUAUGGUGGAGGACCAGUAUGCAGGAGUCAUGGCUCAUGACAGCUGUAGGUCAUGUACGGUUUAAUCAAUUAAAGCAUCCAAAAUUUAGUUCAAGAUUUAUACUUAAUUGCUCAUAGUAUUGAUUUAGUUUUAAAGAAUCAUAGACAUUAGUAGUAUUAAUUAAUUGGUAUGUUGCUACCCAUGUACUGCACCAUAAAUUAAGCAUACAAUUGUAU